AUGGACAACGACUACGUCAGUCGCAUCGGAUGCGAUGGUAUUCGUGGUCAGUCUUGCGAUGAUGCCGUUGUCGUUUUUGGAGCAUGCCCGCUCUCCCCGGCCAUCAACUCUGCUCAGCAUCUUCCUUCUGGGUCUGAUGCCGGCCGUCAGCAAGCCUACACCUCCCUCGCAUCACUUGUUUUGAAGGCUGCAAUUUUGGUCGUGGAGUCUCACCAAAAGCCACUGGCAUGGUACGUCGACCAGAAACCGCAGGGUCCCGAAGCGUAUGGCGGCAUCAUCAAGCUGGCUUCGUUCUUCUGGUUGAACGGCCUCUUCAUCAAGGGAUACCGUAAAAUUCUCACAAUCAGUGACCUCUACCUCCUCGACGAUGCUAUGACGGCCGAGGUCUUGCACGCAAAGUUUGAGCCUCACUAUGCGAGAAACAACAGCGUCGGCAAGUCGCAUCCCCUCGCCAGAAGCUUGUUUCGUACCCUCGCAAUUCCCUUGAUCCUGCCGGUCGUCCCUCGGGCCCUUCGAAUCGGAUUCAUGUUUGGGCAGCCCCUUUUGAUUCAAGGUCUCCUGAGCUAUCUAGUAGAGCCCGCAGACUCUUCGUCGCCGAACAAGGGUUACGCAUUCAUCGGCGCGGCGUUCUUCAUCUACGUCGGCAUGGCAGCCUGUCAGGCGCUGCACUUUUACCUGCACGAACGGUCUCUCUUCAUGGUCAGGGGAGUGCUGGCGUCCGCUGUGUACCGCAAGACGACAGUCCUGAAGCUCUCUGCCGCAGACGACUCUGCGGCCUUGACGCUCAUGAACGCCGACGUGGAGCGCUUCAAGGGCGGCAUCCAGCAUUUCCACGAAUACUGGGCGAAUCCCAUCGAGAUUGCAAUCGCAUGCUGGCUCCUCGAGCGCCAGAUCGGUGCUGCCUUUGUGUCACCCAUCAUUCUUGUCAUCAUCUGCUUCGCAAUCGCCGCAGUCAUUGCCGGCGUGUCAGCGUCUCGUCAGGCAGUGUGGAUGAAGGCUAUCCAGAAGCGGGUGGGCGUGACGUCCAAGUCUAUCUCCAGUAUGAAGGCGCUAAAGAUUUCUGCCAUGACGGGCCCGGUGGAGAAGUUGAUUCUCAAACUGCGGCUCCAGGAUCUUCAUGAUGGCGGACGGUGGCGCUCCAUGAUCAUCUGCGCUGUCGCUGCUUCUUUCACGCCGACCCUACUCGGGCCGACGGUGGCAUUUGCAACGACCUCGUCGACUCUGGACGUUACUCGCAUCUUUACGUCCAUCGCUUACUUGAUGCUCAUCGCUGGCCCCUUGGGACUGCUGCUGCAAACGUUCCCGAUGAUGACUGGAGCAUUCGCCUGUUUGGGCCGUAUCCAAGCAUAUCUCAACAAGGAAGCGCGAGUGGAUUUCCGCAAGACCCCUGAAUCGAUGCCCCCAGCUAAGCAGAAUGGGAAUGUUCCGGCGGACUCUGAGGCCACCGCGAUUACAGUCACGCAGGGCUCCUUUGGCUGGGAACAGGGAAAGAACGUCUUGGAGAAGAUCGACAUCAAGAUUCCCGCCUCUUCCCUCACCAUCAUUGUGGGGCCCAUUGCCUCUGGGAAGUCGACUUUGUUGAAGGCCUUUCUAGGCGAGACACCAUACAAUUCCGGUGACGUCGCUUUUGGAGUCAGCUGCCGCAACGUGGGCUACUGCGACCAGUCCCCUUUCCUCUACAACGACACGGUCAAGGCCAACAUCAUUGGGCACUCUGCCCUGGACCCGGAGCGCUACAAACAAGUCAUCGACGCCACCAUGUUGUCUGCAGACCUGGCAACGCUGCCCAAAGGUGACCGCACCAAGAUUGGCAGCAAUGGCGUCACAUUGAGCGGAGGCCAAAGACAACGAGUUGCCCUCGCACGCGCCCUCUACCUGGAGACCGAGAUUCUCAUCCUCGACGACAUUCUGAGCGGCCUCGAUGCCAACACAGAGGAGCAUGUUUUCCGCCGCGUGUUUGGUCCUGAUGGCAUCGUUCGCCGCAGAGGGGUCACGGCAGUGCUCUGCACUCACUCGGUCCGGCACCUUCCUUCAGCAAACCACAUCAUAGCCCUCGGUACAGACUGCACCGUGGUCGAACAAGGCUCUUUCGCCGACUUGAAAAACAACGGAAAAUACAUUGAGAGCCUCAAAGUUUCGGAGGAAAAGGCUGCUUACAAGAGUGCCGACGACGACGACGAAGAUGAACCUGAGCCUAUCGCUCUGACAAAAACAAAGACUGCCGAGUCCGUCUUGGAGAAGGAGGCGGACAAGGCACGCCAGGUGGGCGACACGUCGGUCUACGGACACUGGUUCGGCACCAUGUCGCCGCUGGUACUUGCUGGAUACUUCUUCUGGUGCACCGCCUACGGCUUCAACCAGGCCUUUCCCAACAUCUGGCUCAAGGUCUGGUCUGAGGACAUUGUGUCACCUGAUCCGAAGCAUGGCAAAGCAUACUACUUGGGCAUAUACGCCCUCCUCGAAGUGCUGUGUCUCGUCUCCUUGAUCAUGGUCAUAUUCAUCUGCUUGAGAAUCAUGAUCUACCAGUCAGGGGCCAAGCUCCACCAACAGAGCCUGCGGACACUCAUCGGCGCGCCUUUGAAGUACCUGACAAUCACUGAUGCCGGCACCAUCACCGGGCUUUUUGCCCAAGACAUCAACCUGAUUGACGGAGAGCUUCCUAUGGCGUUCAUCAACUUUUCUUUUGGGCUGUUCACUGCGAUCGGGAUGCUAUUCAUCAUUGCAACCACAUCACCCUGGCUAGUUAUCACCUACCCGUUCCUCAUCGGGGUCGUAGUCGCGGUGCAGAGGUUCUACCUGCGGACGUCGAGGCAGCUGCGGCUAUUGGAUCUCGAGGCAAAGGGUCCUCUCUACUCUCACUUCAUCGACACUCUCAAGGGCCUGGCCACCGUGCGAGCUUUGGGCUUCAUACCCACCGACAUCUCGCGUUGGCUGGCGCUCGUUUUGAGGCUCAUUGUCGCCGCCAUCGCGAUUCUUGUCGUCACUCUGUCGACACAGUUGCGAGCAAAUUCGGGAUACACAGGAGCAACUCUCGUGACGAUCAUGCGAUUGAGUGACACGCUCACCAUGCUCGCGUCCUCGUUUACUUCGGUAGAAACCAGUAUCGGCGCCGUAGCACGUAUCAAGACUUUCCAUGAGACAGUCAAGCCCGAGACUGGGCCAGAAGAAGACACUAUACCCGAGGAAAGCUGGCCUCAGAAGGGCGCGGUCGAAAUCAAGGGCAUCUCAGCUUCGUACGGCGACCCCGAGGACCCCAAGUCUAUGGAUGAACUCGCCAUCCGCGAUCUCGAUCUUACCAUCAACGCCGGAGAGACGGUAGCCGUCUGCGGACGCACGGGAAGUGGGAAAUCCUCUCUGGUGCUCCUGCUCCUCCGUCUUCUCAACCAUCUUCCAGACUCCGACGGCGACAUCACCAUCGAUUCCCUGCCCGCUAGCAAAAUAGACAGAGACGUCCUCCGCCGCCGCAUCAUCGCUGUCUCCCAAGACCCCAUCUUCCUUCCUGACGGCUCGACCAUCCAGGACAACCUUGAUCCGUUCGGUGAAGCAGAUGAAGCAGAAUGCAGGAGCGUUCUCGAACAAGUUGGGCUUUCCGCAGCAAUCGAGGAUCGCGGUGGCCUGUCUGCCGACCUUCCCUCAGAGGCUCUCAGCGCGGGCCAGAAGCAGCUCUUCUGCCUUGCGCGGGCCGUUCUCCGCCGCCGUGUCAGGGGGCGCAACGGUGCCGAGGGUGGCAUCCUCCUUCUCGACGAGGUCUCGUCAAGCGUCGACAAGGCCACCGAGGUGGAGAUGCACAAUGUCAUCUCACGUGAGUUCAAGGGGUACACCGUCAUCAUGGUGUCUCACCGGCUGGACACUGUGAUGGAUUGUGAUACCAUCGUGGUCAUGGACAAGGGGCGCGUGGUAGAGAAGGGCGAGCCAGGUGUAUUGAAGGAUCAGGAGGGCGGUGUAUUUAGGGAGCUUUGGAACGCCAGCAGGACAUCCGAGGAGUGA